AUGGACUAUACAGCUAUUAUCUAUAAUCAUCUAACUUCAGAAAAAGAAAGUUUACAGAAAAUAAUUUUCCAUCACAAAUUUCAAAAUCCUGACAUGAACUUUACUCAAGUAACUACAUCAGCAAUGAAGAUAAUUUUCCUAACCUUUCUCAUCACUGUGUCUUGUGGUCCAUCAGAGAAAAAAAGAAGAGAAAUUGAAGAGAGAAAAAGGGAAUGUUACCUUGUUCGUGGUAUUUGUAAGACUGAAUGCAACUCCUGGGAAUACAUAUAUAAUUACUGUAAUGUUGAACCCUGCUGUGUGAUACGGGAAUACCAAAAACCAGUCACACCUACAGCUUAUAGAGAUAAAAAGUUUUCUGAUUUAACAUACAACACUACAGCCAUAUCAUAUUAUGAAUAA